AUGACAGCCAUCACGAUCAACCCACCACCACGCUAUUUCAACAUCAGCUCACCCGCUGAGUACGUAGCACAUGUGGAGAUCAACAGACCCGACAAGCUCAAUGCAUUCGGGCCGCCCAUGUGGCCCGAAUUGCGUCACAUCUUCCAGCAGUUGUCCGAGAAUGCAGACGUGAGAGCUAUUAUUAUUAGCGGUGCAGGCGAGAAAGCAUUCACUGCAGGGCUGGACGUUACUGCGGCUUCUCAGGGAGAGCUAGGCUCGACCAAUAACGACUCUGCCGACCCUUCGAGAAAGGCAGCCAAAUUGAGACGGCAUAUUUUGGAUUACCAGGAUGUCAUCUCAUCAGUAGCUCGCUGCGAGAAGCCCACCAUUGCAUUGAUGCAUGGCUACGCGUACGGUCUCGCCAUCGACCUCAGCUCUGCAUGCGACAUUCGCCUUGCCACGAAAGACGUCAAGUUCUGCGUCAAGGAAGUCGACAUUGGACUUGCGGCGGAUGUGGGAACGCUGAGCCGAUUCCCGAAGGUCAUCGGUGGCCUGACCAGCUGGGCCAAAGAGGUGUGCCUUACUGCACGGCCGUGGGGUGCCGAAGAGGCAGACAAGAAUGGCUAUGUGAGCCGCAUCGUCAGCAACAAGGCUGAGAUGAUCCAGGAGGGGAUUAAACUGGCCAGCUAUAUUGCGACCAAGAGUCCUGUCGCAGUUCAGGGAACGAAGAACAUCCUCGAUGCCGCCUGGGGAAGAACGGUAGAGGACAAUCUCAAUUACACAGCUACCUGGAAUAUGGGUAUGCUGCAGAGUACUGAUGUGCAGCGAGCAAUGUUGUCGGGCAUUCAGAAGAAGACGCCCAAGUUCGAGAAACUAUAG